CUUCUCCAUCCAGUCCAAAAUUUCAGCAUCAUCAUGGCGUAUGCUUUCAGACGACAUUGCAAGUUGUUCGCUCUGCUCUUGUUGAUUCCAUGUAUCGCUAUGUCCGUUUCCGUAGCGCAAGGUGACAGUGAAGAUAGCGAGUCGGAUCCCCCUCAACCUAGCGCGUUCGAGUCGUCCGUGUGGCGGCAUCUCGCCGACGGCCGUCUGCGAUGGGGCUCGCUGCCCGCGCCCGAGUCGUCGCCGCAGUCUCAGCCAUCCGGCCACUGGUCCUCUCUCCUAUCCUCGUGGCGCGCUGUCCUUCCACUCCCUCAGCCUGCCGACGGCGCGGACUCAGGUCUUGUGUGGGAUCCGCAGACGCUGUCGGGCGAGGAGCAGAGAGAGCUACUCGCGGACCUGCUGGCUCGCGCCGACUCGCCUCUCAACGCGCCUGGUUCCGCGGAAGAGGUCGACGCCUCCGCAGGCCUGGAACCAGACGAGCCCAUGCGUCGCUCGCUCGCCGACGAUGGCAGUGCGGGAGGCAGCGGCGGCGGUGGCGGCGGCGUGGUUGCGUCUCUCGGGCUGAAGCCGCGCGGGCUCACCGGCGGCCCGUCUCCCGCCGACAUCAACGGCACUGGCGCAUUCCGGUUCGCGAGCGUGAAGGCGCGCGACUGGGUGGACUGGCGCAUGACGAACGCCCUCACGGCCGUCAACGAGCAGGGGCAGUGUGCGAACAGCUGGGCGGUGGCAGCGGCGGACGCCAUAGCGUCCAUGUGGGCCAUCGUCACCGUCGCGCCCUCCGCGCCGCAGCUCGACGCCGCUCGCCUCUGCUCGUGCGCGUCGCCCGGCGGGACGGCGUGCUGCCACGGCGGGUGGACGGAGUGGGCCCUCUCGUACGCCUUAUACGGAAAGGGCGUGGCGGGCGGUGACGCCGCGGGCAGCCCAGACGCCACGUGCGACGCUGUUGCGGCCGACGCCGUGAAAGCUAAGAUCACGGGGUGGGAGCGCGUGCCAGCGUUCGAUGUGGAGGCGAUGCGGAAGGCCGUGAGCCAGCAGCCCAUUAUCGCGUUCCUCUCCGCCUCCAGCGCCGACUUCACGGGCUACACGGGCGGCUUCUACAACGGCGCAUGCGGCGGCGACGUGGACCACGCGGUGCUCAUCGUGGGGUACGGCGUUGACCCGGUCAACGGCGUGUACUGGCUCGUGAAGAACAGCUGGGGCGCGGCGUGGGGCGAGCAGGGCUACAUGAAGCUCGCCGUCAAGCCGGGCGCCGGGAAGUGCGGCAUCAACCAAAUCGCGCCCAUCUACCCGGUCUACUACCCCGACAGUCCUCCCGCCACCAACUUCCCCGUGGGCCCGCUGGCGGCGUCGGGGCAGGCCGCGGUGGAGCCGCCGUACUGGGAGGCGAGGUGGAAGCCCGCCGCCAGCGCCGCCCCCUGCGCGUCGCCCAUCAACCCGUGCGGCGGCGGGCGCUGCAGCAAGAGCCGCGACGGCUGGGCGCGGUGCGCGUGCCCCGCGGGGUUCGUGGAGGUGGCGGGCGCGCCGACGAGCAAGUGCGUGCCCACCAAGAUGUGCAGCGCGGGCGCGCUGGACCCCUGUGGCGCGGGCACGUGCGCGGACGUGAAGACGGGCGGAUACACGUGCCAGUGCGACGAGGGCUACGUCAUCGGUGCCACUGCAAGCGGCGCUACCACAUGUGUGCCCAUCGCUGCUGGCGGCGGUGCACCCACCUACACGACAGUCUGGGGUGACACGUGCCAGGAGCUGAUCGGCAGCUUCGGCCUGGACGAGGUUACUCUGCUGCGGCUGAACCCCUUCCUUGACUGCUCUCAGCGCAUCCCAGCAGGUCUCAUCCUCGCAGUGUCAGACGCCACAGCCGAUGCCACCGCAGGCUGUGCGUCCUCGUACAUGGUCGCACCAGGGGAGUCGUGCAGCGGCGUCGCCUCCAAGCUGAGGAUAUCCGUGGCUGCGCUCAAGGCCCUCAACCCCGCAGCAGACUGUGCGCGCCUCUACCCCCGCCAGCAGCUCUGCGCCAAGGCGGCCACCAUCGCCCCCGCCUCAUCCGGCCCUGCCUGUGGGCUCACCUACGUGGCCAAGGGGAAAGACACCUGUGCCAGCAUCAGGCUGACUUACGGGCUCACACCAGCGCUCUUUGCCUCGUUGAACCCAGCGCUGCGCUGCACUGGGCCGCUGCCGGUGGGCCUCGCCGUGUGCGUUUCUCCCCUGUCAACUGUCACAGCUGUUGAGUGCACGGCGCGCCACGCGGUGCAGCACGGGGACAGCUGUGUGGCCAUCGCCUCUGCUGCUGGCCUCUCCUCCACGGCCUUCCUCGCCAUCAACCCAGGCAUCAGGUGUGAGCCUCAGCAGCUGCAGGUCGGCCAGUCGGUGUGCGUCGACUCACCUGCGCUCGAGAACAUCACAGCAGCGCUGCUCAAGGCGCCCAGGCUUCUGCCAUACGUGGUGGCCGAGAACGACACGCUGGCCAGCAUUGCCGUUGCCUUCUUCCCGCGCUGCGGCACCACUACGGGCGAGCCUGCCAUCUGUCAGGCCAAUGGACUGGUGCCGUGUGACAACAGUGCGCUCACGCCGGGACUGGCCAUUGUCGUACCCUGUUCUCCAAGGGAGAGCAACUGUGGCUGCCCUACCAGCAUCAUGGUCUGUGGAGCGGACUACAGCACGUACCCUUCUUACUGCGAGGCCCUGUGCAAUCGUGCCGUCCCUGUGACACCCGGUGCCUGCACGCCAUGCGAGCAGGCGUGCUACAAACGGUCGGGCCUGAAAGCAGACCCCAGCUUCCAGGCCGGGUGCGUCGUGGACCUCAACUCCACCUUCUGCUCCUAUCCCACGUGGCCCCCUCCUGACUGGAACCUCAUGGCUGACUCGCCCUGUGAUUUUGAAGACGCGUCGUGCGAUGCUGUUUGCGCUGACACAGCUUCCAUGCUCGCCAGCCCCAUCACCGAUGGGGCGCAGUGGGGAGUGUUCAAGGCCCAGUGCAAGGCGCAAUGCAUGUGCACGCCACGCGUUCCAUGUGGUGGUGACCAGUGCAUUGACUCAUGAGAAGGGAAUGUAAAUUAGAUCAUUGGGGUUAUGGGUUGAUUGGGGUUGCUGCAAUAACAUGUUCAUCCAUGAUAUGGAUAGAUGUACCGUAUUCCCCCGUAUACAACACCCCGCAAAAGUUUAACUCCCAUGGAUAGUUUGAGUGGACAUGGGUGCUUUAUUAAAGUGGAUAUUGAUAA